AUGGCUCAAGAAGACAAAAUCACACUUUUCUGGUUACCACAUUCCAGAGCCCAAAGAAUUGUUUGGUUAUUGGAAGAAUUGGGAUUAGAGUUCAACUUGCACAUGGAAGAGCGUGUGCAAGACGUUAGAGCUCCAGAAAGUUUCAAGAAAUACCAUCCAUUGGGUAAGACACCUAUACUUCAUGUUGAGAAACCAGAUGGGACUGUCAAAAAGUUUGCUGAAUCAGGUUUCAUCACUCAGUACUUGAUUGAACAUUACGAUACCGAAGGUAAGUUCAAACCCGCUACUGAAGACGAUAAGGACUUGAUUGACUAUUUCAACCACUAUUCUGAAGGCACCUUCCAACCAUUGUUGGUAGGUUUGUUGGUUAAUAACGUCGCUGCAAAGUCAGUCUCUUUCCCAAUUAGUGCUUUGGUUAAAACCGUAGUAGGUAAGAUCAACCUGGGUUACUACGCCCCCGAAGCGGAAAAGAAUGUUAAAUACUUGAAUGACUUUUUAAAGGCGCAACAUGCUAAAGGUAGAAAAUGGUUUGUUGGUGACAAGAUCUCUGCUGCUGAUAUCAUGUUGUCCUUCCCAGUUCAGAAAGUUAUUGUUGCAAAUGGUAGUGCUACUGUCAAGCCAGUGAAAGAGAGCUACCCUGACAUGUACCAAUAUUUCCAAGAUAUCACCUCAGAACCAGCAUGGAUCAGAGCUGCUGAGAAGGUCAAAGGACACGAUCAUGUCGUCAUCAAUGGUAAAUUGUAA